AUGGAAGAUGAGUCUUCAGUGGUCAAUUACGUUCCUCCCUUUGCAAGAGGCCUAAACGUUCUGCUUGUGAAUCAUGACACAUUGUCUCUCAUGUAUCUGUCAUCACUGCUUCAGCAAUACACAUUCAACGUCACUGCAACAGAUAAAGUAUCAGAGGCUGUGUCCAUGAUUUGCACUCAUGAAGAUCGGUUCAAACUUGUCAUGGUUAAAGUCAACAUCCCUGCCAUAGAUGCCUUUUCUUUUCUUAAUUUAUUGCAUCAGAAGGACAUUCCUGUCAUCUUCAUCUCCUCCGAAGGGUUUGAUGAUGUUAUUGGGAGAGAACUAGCUAAAGGAUCAUGUUAUUUCCUUGAAGAACCAAUCCUUUUAAAUGACUUCAAAUGCUUGUGGCAACAUGUGUAUUCCUCGAAACCUACCUCAGCAAUGGAAGCUCAAAAUGCAAACAAGCUGAUGACCACGCAAUGCGAAGCUGGUGGAUCAUAUGGUGAAAGGAAAGAAGAUGACAAUGAAAGCAAGGAAAGAGAGAAAGGAGGAGAGGUUUGGUCAUCACCAAUGAAAUUUGAGAGCCAUUAUUGCAUAGCCAAAGAGACAGAGGAAAGAAGAGAACACAAAGUUGGGUAUGCUAGAAAGAAGCGUGUUGUGUGGACUCCUGAGCUGCAUCUCAAGUUUACAAAAGCAGUAGCUUUGCUAGGCAACAAAAAUGCUCGCCCAAAAGCGAUACUAAAUUUAAUGAAUGUGCCUGACCUGACAUCACGCCAGAUUUCAAGUCAUAUGCAGUGUGAAAAGCAUUGGAAGAAUGUACUGAAAAUAACAGCUGAACUUGCAACAGGUAGCCCUGCAUCAACUGCAUCCAUAAAUGUGAGCAAGAAACAAGACCAGCUUGUAAUGAACUACUCUGAAAAUCAUGAAUCAUAUUUUCACAAAGUGCAAAAAGCCCUAAUCAAUCCAUCCUUUGCACAUGAAUUUCCAACUGGAUUGGCCAACAACGGAAGCCAAAAUCUUGGUGAUACAGUGGGAAACCCUCUGCCAGAUGCUUCAAUGGAUCAAACUGAAACAGCAUAUGAUGAUAUCAUAGAAAUGCUAGAGAAAGAUUGUGACACUAAUAAUUGUUUUGGAAAUGAGAUAAACCCAGACGAUGUUGAACAAUACAGCGAGAUGUUAAGAACAAUUCUGGAAAACAGCUAG